CCACAUUCCUGCACACAGUUAUAUUUUAGAGAAGGAAAAAAAACGGGACUUUUGUUUGCGAAAAUGCACGUCGCUCUGACGUCAUCACGCCGCGCCGCCCGCUGUUGUACACACGUGAGCGGAAUCACACUGGCAUGAAAGCAGUUCAACGUCUCUGUCAGAUCUGAGAGACCCCGACAGGCCGAAGGGAUGGGCGAGGAGAUGGAGGUCAAAGGUCAGCAGUGUGUUAAGGGUAGGCCGAAGAAGGGGAAGAAGCGGCCCGCGCCGGACGGGACCAAGAGGCCGAGACUGGACGGGCCGAGCGUGAGCUACUUCCGGCGCGUCGGAGACAGACUCAAGGAGGGCUUCACGGACGAGGAGGAGAGAGUCCUGUUUGUGGAGAACGUGCUGUCCGAGGUCAAAGGUCAAGCGGCGCUCGUCUCCAUGGAUAUGACGGGCAGUUUGGCUCUGCAGCAGCUGCUCUCAUUGGCCGCCGCUCAGGUGGCAGGGUUGCUGGCCGAGCUGGGAGGAGAGACGGGGUCAGAGUUCAGAAGCGUGUCAUGUGACCCGUGCGGGGGUCAUGUGAUGGAGACUGCGCUCAGACAGGCCCGCCGCUGGGAAGAGGAGAGCUCCGUGGAGGAAGAGGAGGAGGAGGAGGAGCGCUGUGGGCUGCUGGAGGCUCAGGUGAAGCGUCUGUGUGCAGCGGUCAGAGAGAGUCCGCUGGACUUCCUGAAGGAUGUGUACGGGUCACAUGUUCUCCGGACGCUGGUCCAGGUUCUGAGCGGAUGUCUGACCCGAGACGCAUCGCCUCAGACGGGUAAGAAGCAGAAGACGACCAAAGAAGAGCUGCUGGAUUUUGAGAUCCCCGUCUCCUUCUGGUGGGAGCUGAAGCAUCUCAGCGAGUGUCUGCUGGAGAACAUUAAAGUGUGUGUGACAGACACCAGCUCCAGUGCCGCUCUCCAGACGCUGCUGACCAUCUCUCACAGGAAGAGACCCAUUCUGUGCAGGAAGCUGAUCAAGGGCAUCAUGGGAUACCUGACAGGGCUGAGCUCGGCUCCCGGAGUCAGUCCUCUGCUGGUGUUCCUGAAGGAUCCUUCCAGCAGUCACCUGAUGCAGGUCAUCUUCAGCUGCUCCAACGAGGCCGUGCUGCGAGACGUCUACAGGACACACCUGAGGACACAGAUGAUGACUCUGGCUCUUCAUCCCAUCGCAAACUUCCCCGUCCAGAGCCUGAUCACCGCCUCGGCGCGCUACAGAGUGUUCCUGAAGAUCCUCGACGAGCUGAUGCAGGGCUUCGAGGCGAUUCUGGCGGCGGGACACAUGGGUGUGGUGGUGCUGAUGCUGGAGAGCUGUGUUCAUUGGGAGGAGAAGCAGAACGAGAUGAUGCAGCGCCUCCUGCAGGCCUUUCACUGCAGCGAGCCGGCUCUGCAGCUCUCCUGUCUGCCUCUCUUCUUAUCUUUAGUGGCCUAUGAAGUGUACUACAACAAAGAGACAGCAGAGGGAGACUCCGUCACACAGCCGGUGCAGCCGCGUCUCUCCGUGUGUUAUCACGGCUCUCGUCUGGUCCAAGCCCUCGCCGGAUUCAGAGACCGCUCCGUCCUGAUGAACAGCCUUCACGCGCUGGGCUCCGCUGACCUCCUGACCCUCGGCACCGACCGCUGCGGCAGCCACGCGCUCCAGAAGCUGCUGACCUCCGCCAGCGAUAAGGGCCGAGGAAAGAUGCUGAGAAAGCUGGAGGAGCUUUACGUCCCGUUGGCCUGUUCGUCCUGCGGCAGCCGUCUGCUGGAAGCCGUGUGGAACAGCGCCACCGUCGGCCAGAGGCAAAGCAUCGCUGAGAAACUGGUCCCCAGUGAGAUACAGCUCCGGUCCGAUCAGUUCGCGCGGCACACUUGGACCAAGUUCGGUCUGACGAUCUUCGUGAAGCGGCGGGGCGACUGGCUGGAGGCUCAAGUGGGAGAAUCGAAGAAGAGGGCGAUGUUCAGUGAGAUUCUACAGUAAGAGACUGUAAACAAAGUGUAACCGCUUUUUACGCGUUACCUUUUCAUUUUAUAAAUAAAAACAUCAAAAAGCCUGCA